CACAUCGAGUCGCGCGAGCUCCUUGCAUGAGCGCUGGUAUUUCCCGCGUUUUUACCGGAGUAUUUAUUGUUUAUUAAAGGUGUUUUCGAGGCGAACUGGGGCGAUGUUUCAGUCAGUAUUUCCUCAAUAACACCUGACGGACGUUUUUUUUUUUUUUUUAUCUUUUAUUGCCUGAGAACAGCAGUGUGGAGAGCACAAGCCUCAGCUUCAUCUGAGGAGGAAAGGUCAAGGAGAACUUUCCCUCCAAGUCCUGAGGAUCAUCAUCAUCCGAUCUCCACCUCAGUGAUCCACACCUGGUCUUCAUCUUGUUGAAAUGUGUUUUAGAGAAAGGCAAAAAAAUAAAAAGCUAAAAUCUCUCAGAAACAGAAUUUGAAGAAACUAAAUGAAGACCAGAUCAUCAUCUUCAUACGUUGGAAUGUUUUGGAUUUAAUAUUUAACUCAAUACAACCAAAAGAUGGAGAACUUUCUGAAAGGCUCUCAUAGAGUUUCUUUAUUUUGAUAAAAUAAACCAAGGCAAAAGAAUCACUGGCGUUCUCCUGUGAGGAACUCAUUGCAAAGAAUUGAUGAUCUACAGACACUUUGCUUUAUUAGAGUCGACAUUGCCGUUUUUUAAGCUGCUCAGGCGUGGUCUUCACACUGAUGGCUCUCAUACACAUCGUACACGUCAACAGGAUUUAUUGAAGUGCAUGUUAAUUGAAUUGCCUCAUAAACCUGGUGGUUUAGAAGAUAAACUCAUAAACUCAAUGCUGUGAGGAUCUUGUCAGCGUCACAUUUUCUGAACAAUCUCAUGAACUUUAUAUUUCUGAAGGGUCUGAAGAAGCAUGUGGUUAAAUUCACACUUUGAAGGAUCUCAUGAACUUGGCAGGAUAAUGAACUCUAAGCAUUGAAGGAGCUCAUGAACUUGCUCUGAUUAUCUCUGAUUGCAGAUUCUUGUAUGCAUUACUCCUCGGGUUUCUUCUGCAGGAUGAAGAGAGGAGCUCAGAAUCUCUCUAGAUGUUCUCAUGGACCCUUGACGUUUCUAGUUAUGUUCCUCAUGGAGAGCUUAACGGUCACGGCAGCCAACCUCGAGCCCAUCUACUGGAACUCCUUAAACAGUAGGUUUGGUGAUGAGCGAGGUUACGUGCUGUACCCUCAGAUGGGGGACCGUUUGGACCUGGUGUGUCCUGCGUCCUCGUCCCCGCUGCAGUACGAGUUCUAUAAGCUGUAUCUGGUGUCGCAGCGCGAGCAGGCGGACAGGUGCGAGCUGAGCGAAGACUCCAACCUGCUACUCACCUGCGACAAACCCAACGCUGACACGCGCUUCACCAUCAAGUUCCAGGAGUUCUCCCCCAACCUGUGGGGUCACGAGUUCAAGAACCUCCACGACUACUACAUCAUAGCUACCUCGGACGGGACGAGGCAGGGGUUAGACAGCAUGAGAGGGGGGGCGUGUGCAACACGAGGCAUGAAGGUUGUGCUCAAAGUGGGACAGAGUGCAUAUGGUCUUCCCCCCAAACCAAAACUUGAUCCCGGUCGCUCCAGCAGCAAAUCUUCAGAUCAAGGCACGGACUCCCCGAACAUCGUGAACAGGCCCGAGACAGGAGGCAUAGAUACAGGCGACAACGCCAUCUCUUCCUCACUCACCGUGGUGAUCUUCAGUGCAGUGGGCGGAACCUUCGUCCUGCUCCUGGUCGCCGUGGUGAUCGGGGUGGUGUGUUACCGCAGGAGGAAAGCCAAACACUCGGAAACACAGCGCCCUAGCCGGUCUCUCCCAGCCCUCACUCCCAGAAGGUGCGGGGCCAACAUGACAGGAAACACCGGAGUCAUGUCAGGGGGAAACAUCACCGGCGGCACAGAGCCCAGUGACAUCAUCAUCCCGCUGCGGACUUCUGACUCCGCCUACUGCCCGCACUAUGAGAAGGUCAGCGGCGAUUAUGGACAUCCGGUCUACAUCGUACAGGAGAUGCCUCCUCAGAGUCCCGCUAACAUCUACUACAAAGUAUGAGGAGGAACCUGGAAAACUCUCACAGUCCCACACACACACACACACACACACACACACACACAAAGACCGGAGACUAUUUCUGUCUUCACUGAAACAUCUCCUUAUCAUACACACCCUUGAUCGACCGGAACACGUUAUAUGUGUGUGCGUGUGUGUGUGUGUUUGCAUCGUUGGUGUUCUACAAGACUAAUGCUGCUAACAUGUAAUGAAAGCUUAUAGCCCACAGUUCAUCAUGUUACACUACAUUUGUGUGAAUAAAUCAUCCCACACACACACACACACACACACACACACAGACUGAAUCACUUUCUUCCUCGGCAGAGAGUUUGAUGUCAUCAGCACACACAUAGGCUCAGGUGUGGGGGCGGGGCUUAGUUAGUUCAUGCUGGUCAAUGCUAAAUGUGAAGGUGGUGUAUUUUCAGUCGUUCUCAGUAUUAUUUUUCAGGUUUUUCGACACAUCUGAGAGAAACGUUGAGGUUCCUGAUUAUUGUGUAUAUUUUUUACACAGUUUACAACGGAAGAUUUCAACAUAAUUGAGCAACAUAGAGCUUGAUAUUAGCUAGAUAAACAUUGUUAGCUUCGCAGUGUUAUAUUUUCAGUGUGACUAAUAAUAGUAGUAAUAGAAUAUCUAAUGGUAAAUAAACAUUUAAUAUUAAAUAUUACAUUUCUUUAAUAUUAAAAUACCUAGCGUAAUAUUUGCAGUUUGGCGAUCGGCCAUAAUAUUAAACCCCGUGCUUAUUAUUGUCUAGCGCCCCCUUGUGUCACUAAAACAGCCCUCUGAAGGUGUGUGUGAUAUCUGGCACCGAACCGUCAGCAGCAGAUCCUUUAAAUCCUGUAAGUUGUAAGGUGGAGCCUCCAUGGAUCAGACUUGAUCAGACUUUCCACUGGAGAUCUGGAGAAUUUGUAGACCAAGUCAACACCUUGAACAACUGUCAUGUUCCUCAAACCAUUUCUAAAGAGUGUGUGCACUGCGUCAGGGCGCAUUAUCCUCCUAAAAGAUGACAUUGCCACCAGGGAACAAUGUCUCCAUGAAGAGGUGUAACUCGGUCUUUAACUGUGUUUAGGUAGGUGGUACCUGUCAGAUUAACAUUCAUAUGAAGGCCAGGACUUGAGGUUUCCCAGCAGAAGAUCACCCAGAUCCCAUCAGAACAUCACCCAGGUCCUGAGGUUUCCCAGAAGAACAUCGCACAGCUCCCGAGGUUUCCCAUAAGAAUUUUGUCGAGAACUCAAGGACAAAUAAAGAAAAGAGGAUAAGAAUUCUAAACAAUUCCAAACAUCUUCUCUCUGGUUCCUGAUGUGAAGCUGUUAAUAAACCUGACAGAUGUUAUCUAAGCCCCCCUUUGUGUUCCUCAUCGGGCAGGUGGUUUAAGUGGUGGCUCUUCAUGCUGGAGAUGGUUGAUUCACGCCCCAGGGAGUGUGGUUUAGAUGAGUUGUGUGUUUAAAAUGUCUUUACAACCAAUUAACUAAAAUCUAUAAUAAAUAAGCGCACCCUUUGUUUUAUUUAUCUUCAUAAAACUUCCCCAAAUGAGCAACUGGAAGCAUUUUAAACUCCUCCCAGUCAUCAAUGAUGUACAGAGUGUGUGGGUGUAUUUUGAUUAGUGGUGCUAUCAGACGACUGAGAGGAAAUCCAUGGUAUGUGAUAAGCAGUGACCACAUGUAGUGGUGUAGUGAUUAGUGUCACAGUCUUCACUGUGUGGUGUUGCUAAUUCAACAAUGUUAGGUUUUACUUUUGCUGUAGAUCAAGAUUACACAUGUAGUGUACAAGUUCUAUAAAACAGAGUUACAGUAUGAGUUCAUGAAGCUCAUGUGGAUGAGUGUGAGUAUGAGUGCCUGUAGUUUAUGGGGAGUACUUGCUGCAGGACCAAAAGGUCACUGGCUCAAACCCUGUCAAACCCAGUCCUGCCCAGCCGUGUAUGGGUUAGUGCACUGAUGUAUGAUGUUGCUGGUGUCAAGCUCUAUAAAACAGCACACUAGUAUAAGUUCCUGUAGCUCAUAUGGUUGAGGUUGCUGGUUCAAACCUUAGCCAGGACUCCAAGAUAAGAGUCUGGAUGGUUCAGGAAGUAGUGGAAGGUGCCAGGGGGCAUAACCUGAGGGGGUUAAAUCUGGGCAGCUUCCCCCCACUGGGUUGAAGAAGGAGAAGAAAAGGGUUUUGGAGCCUGAAGAGAGGAUUGACUUAGUUUCUGCAUAAAUAUAGAAACACUGUCACCCACACUUUCACUGGAAUUCUCCAGCAUCAUUUUCAGCAACCACCUCUUCCUCACUCCUCCACUAGCACCACUUCCUUCUUCUCCUCCAUCACCUUUGUCCACCCAAUGUCAGCAAGAGCAGGGACACACCAGAUUCGAACCAACAACCUCCGAGUCCAGCAGCAAGGCUUUUACCACAGAGCCACCAAGUCUCACACCAACCUGCAGCUCUUAUAGCACCUUUGUCUUUUAAAAUGACACCCAUGGAACCAAAAAAAUUAUAAUCAAGCUUCUGCAAACCUUCAGCAUGGGUGCUCUGUCUAGCCUUCACUCCUCAUGUGCACCAGAGACCCCUAGCCGCUUAAGACCCUGUCGCAUGUUCUCCUUCCUUCUGACCUCUGCAGUACAUCCGAGAACAUCCCACAAGAGCUGCGUUUUUGAAGAUGCUCAUCGCAAUCUAGCCUUUGUCAAAGUCACUUGUGUUCACGUGUUGCCUGAUACACACCACCCCUUAGACACACCCCUUACUGGUGCCACAAGAAAGUCAAUGUCAUGGCUGAUCGGUGUUUAUGUAACAUCUAGAGCUAAUAUUAAAGAAUAUAAACAUGAACCAGUUUCAGGAAAUCUUUCAUUUAUUAAUAAACCCAAUAUUACUGCACGAGUUUCUCUUCAUACAGCCAUAAGUUCAUGUUUUUGUGUUUAUAUUUCUAAAAUAAUCAGUUAUUUUACUAGUUAUGGAGGCUAUAUGCUUCCUGGGCGUGUUAGCAACAUUAGCGUUGUAACUAAAGACGCGAACAUGACAAAACAGACAUGGCUCGGUUCGCUAAAUACAUUUUGGGAUUAAAGGUGACAUUGUGGACAUUUUAAUUUCAGACUGUGCUGAACACUGUGUGUGUUUGCGUGUGUGUGUUAAACUAAAGAACUUUCUACACACCUGCAGCAGAGACUGGCAGUUGUAGUAAAUGUUUGGAUUGCAUGUGUGUUAACGAUGUCCUAAAACCUCACAAACACACUGUGAGAUGGAACAGUUGAAAUAUUGAAGUGAGUGGUUUUAAAUCUGUGUGUGUGUGUGUGUGUGUGCGUGGUGUUUAUUCCGAUCCUCGCUCACAUUUCCCUCGGCGUGUUUAUUUCAGUCGCCGUGAAACCAAAAGCGCCGGCGUUUCCCUCCUCCUGCGUUUGUCCCGAUUUCUCCUGCUGUCUUUCUCUUUACACGCGUCUAACCCUGACUUCACACCGCCAGCACUUUCCCGCCUCACGCUGGUUGUUAGUUGCUUCCAGACGACCGCACGCCGUCUCUCUACAGCUCUACAGAGAAACAAAUCAAAAGGAAAAUAAUUUAGCGACAGUGUCACCAGGUGAGUUCACUCAUGUUUAUGUUAGACAACUAAGGUUUCUCCUUGUAUUUCUGCUCAGAAGAGAAACUGCUGACUCUUGAGGACCCUGGAGGAUAAAAAAAAAAAAGCUCAGCUGACCAAUCAGGAGACAUAACUGGUCGUACUGAGGUGACAGUUCACGAAGCUCCGCCUCUUAACACGUUUACACAAAUAAGACAAUGAACAACGUUCUCACGCUGUUCAUUUAUUCCAACACCAUCAUCACCACCUCACACCUUGUACGCGCAAAAUGCCACACAAGGCACCGUGAGGGUUCUUUGGAGGGAUGGAGCGCUCGGAGUGAACGGCAGAGUGUUUACUUCUUUGGUCUCAAUCUGGAGUCACAGUCAAUCAAGGAGUGAUCCUGUCAGUUUCCGUAUCCACGUUUAAGUCACGCAGCCCUACGAGCUAAUCACAGAGACGGUGGGUGGGCAGAGGCUCCUCCCAUCUGGAGUGUCUAUCCAUUAUGAAGCAGACUCGAUUAGACGUGUGUAAGCAGUGCCAGUUGCCUCGAUAUUCCAAAAGUUGUUUUUUUUUGUACCGCAUUGAAAGUUUUCCUUCCUGCUCCGCCUUGAAAUAUAAAAUGGUUAUUAGAAAACAAUCAGAAUACAAGGAGGAUACGACUGCUGCUUUCAUAAAAAACUCUCUUAUAAAACACCAUAGAAUACGGUUAUCCUCUUCCAUAAAACGUCUCUGGAUUGAUUUGCUACUCCUAUAAUAAAACAACUUCUAAGGUAAAUACAAGUAAUAAGUGUCAGUAGGACAACUCAUCAGUGGGAGGAGUUUGAUGCACAUUGAUGACAUCUCAAGACAGCGAUCAGUUAUAAAACUGCACAUCUCUUUCCUCCUGACCGCGGCAUCCGAUACUGAUCAAUUAUCAUAUUUUAUAUCACGAUAGGUUUGAGUUACUUCGAUCAGCGCCUAGCUAUCAACGUUUCACACUUGCUUCUCAUCUGCGAACAUUUUAAUUUGCCCCGCCCACAUUCUGGCACCUGAACGAUGUCAUGUCUCUUCGUCUCGCUUUCGGUUCUUUAACUUAUCUUCUUAUUUCAUGUCCUUCCAUUUCAUCCACAGACUGUUGAGAUUCGAGCUGUGACCGACGUCAUUGGCAUAUUAAUUGUGUCAUCACUGUGCAGCUCACCUUCACUCAGACACGCACACACACACACACACACACACACACACACUGUUCAUAUCACAAGCUGUCUGUCUUAUCCCUUAGCUCAUCUCCAUGAUCUCUGAAUUUGAAAUCAAAACACCGUUCUGACAGAAACUCAAAUGACCCACGAUAAAGUGAGGCCAUGGUCCUCUGUGUGUGUGUGUGUGUGUGUGUGUGUG